AUGCAGCUGCAGCUCCUCAAGAUGGAAUCAGGACCAUAUCCCGCCCCUGCACGUAUUUCGAGUGAGGAAGAUGUAGCACAACAUUCAUUGGUGGACUUGGAACAAAACCAUAAAUUAGAAGCCGAAGACUGGGAAGCUUCUUAUGUUCUUGAUGUGCUGAUCAACUCGGGUUUUGAAGAAUCUGACCUCGAUUUGUUUAGAACAACAUGGCACUCCCCAGAAUGUCCUUUGCAUCCUGACUUGUUUGAUAACCUUGAGAAGAAAUAUAGUCAUGAGAAUUUGGAGUCGAGGUCUGAAAGAAGGUUGCUGUUUGACAGAAUAAAUUCAGUACUUGUAGACGUUUAUCAGCAGCUUGUUGACUCGUUCCCAUGGGUUAUGCCGAAACUAACGGGAGUUGAUUUGAAGGGGCCAAAGCAAGUGAUCAGAGAUAGUCUCCAGAAGUUGCUUUCCGGCCAAGAUUUUCAAGCCAAAGGGGAGACACCGGAAAGUAUACUUGACAGGGAUAUGCAGUGGUUUGGAUUCAAAGGAGAAAUUGACGUGAUAGGCAAUGAAAUUGAGAAAUUGUUGAUAGAUGACAUGAUAGCAGAGGUUCAAACUUUGUAA